GAUUAAUGCAUUUUGACUAUUUUUUCUUGAUCAUCGUCGGACAGUAGAGCCCACUUUUUAAAGGCACCGCAAAACAAGAGUCGGUUCACGACAUAACCUCACCUAUUCGAGAUCUCGUCCUCCGAUUUCCAUAAUUCAGUGAUCUACUAAUCCCGGGUCUUGCCAAAGUCAGUAUCUUUGAUUGGGCAGUUUCAGUUCUGAAUCUUCUGAUACAUAUGGGUAAAAGCGAUGGUUGUUGCUCAACUCACCUUAUAGAUGGGGAUGGUAAUUUCAAUGUUGCUGGACUGGAUAAUUUCAUGAAGGAAGUUAAACUUGCAGAAUGCGGGCUAUCUUAUGCCGUAGUUUCCAUCAUGGGUCCUCAGAGCAGUGGGAAGAGUACAUUGUUAAAUCACCUGUUUGGUACUAAUUUUAGGGAGAUGGAUGCUUUUAAGGGGAGGUUUCAAACUACUAAAGGUAUUUGGUUGGCGCAAUGUGUUGGCAUUGAACCUUGCACUCUUGUAAUGGAUUUAGAGGGAACUGAUGGAAGAGAACGAGGAGAGGAUGAUACUGCAUUUGAAAAGCAGAGUGCCCUGUUUGCCCUAGCUGUUUCGGAUAUAGUGUUAAUAAACAUGUGGUGUCAUGACAUUGGCCGUGAGCAGGCUGCAAAUAAGCCUCUCUUAAAAACUGUAUUCCAGGUCAUGAUGAGAUUAUUUAGCCCACGUAAAACAACUUUGAUGUUUGUUAUACGUGAUAAAACAAGGACGCCUUUGGAAAACCUGGAACCUGUUUUAAGAGAAGACGUUCAGAAGAUAUGGGAUGCAGUUCCUAAGCCAAGUGCGCACAAGGAAACUCCAUUAAGUGAAUUCUUUAAUGUUGAAGUUACGGCUCUUUCUAGUUAUGAAGAGAAGGAAGAACAAUUCAAAGAGCAGGUGGCGAGCCUAAGACAGAGAUUCUUUCAUUCUAUUGCUCCUGGUGGGCUUGCUGGGGAUAGGCGAGCUGUAGUUCCUGCUUCCGGCUUUUCAUUUAGUGCGCAACAAAUUUGGAAGAUCAUCAAGGAGAACAAGGAUCUCGACCUGCCUGCUCACAAAGUCAUGGUUGCCACUGUACGUUGUGAAGAGAUCGUGAAUGAGAAAUUUUCUUCUUUUAUUGCAAACGAGGAAUGGCGUCAACUGGAAGAGACUAUACAAUCUCGACCAGUGCCAAGCUUUGGGAGGAAGCUGAGCUCAAUCCUUGAUGUUUUUCUAACGGAAUACGAUGCAGAGGCGACCUAUUUUGAUGAAGGUGUUCGAUCUUCAAAGCGGAAACAGUUGGAAGAGAAAUUGUUGCAACUUGUCCAACCAGCUUAUCAAUCCAUGCUGGGACAUGUUCGAUCUGGAACUCUUGAUAGAUUUAAAGACGCAUUUAAUAAUGCCUUGAACGGAGGGAAGGGAUUUGCUAUGGCUGCUCGUGAAUGCUUUGAGUAUUUCAUGUCACAGUUUGAUGAGGGUUCUGCAGAAGCAUACAUUGACCAAGCAAACUGGGACUCGUCCAAAGUAAGAGAAAAGCUCCAUCGCGAUAUAGAUGCAUACGUUGCAGCAGUUCAUACAGCGAAGCUCUCUGAACUUGCAAAUAUGUAUGAGAAAAAACUGAAUGAAGCAUUAUCUGGCCCUGUUGAGGCUUUACUAGAUGGAGCCAGUGAUGAUACAUGGCCUGCAAUAAGGAAACUUCUCCAAUGUGAGACUGAAAAGGCUGUUGCUGGGUUUUCUACUGCUCUUUCUGGUUUUGAAAUGGAUGAAGAAACCCAAGAUAAAAUGCUUCUAAGGUUGAAGGAGCACGCUAGAGGAUUGAUUGAAGCGAAGGCGAAAGAAGAGGCUGGAAGGGUUUUGAUUCGCAUGAAGGACAGGUUUACAACAAUAUUUAGCCAUGAUUCUGAUUCAAUGCCACGGAUCUGGACGGGGAAGGAAGAUAUUCGAGCCAUCACCAAAACUGCUCGAUCUGCUUCUUUGAAGCUACUAUCUGUUAUGGCUGCAAUCCGUUUGGAUGAUGAAGCUGAUACUGUUGAGAAUAAAUUGUCCCUUGCUCUUUUGGAUCCCAAGGCUGGUACUACUAAUAAAAGCAGUUCAAUGGACCCUCUUGCCUCAAGCACUUGGGACGAGGUUCCAGCAUCGAAAACUUUGAUUACGCCAGUCCAGUGCAAAUCCUUGUGGAGACAGUUUAAGGCGGAGACUGAAUACACUGUUACUCAAGCCAUUGCUGCUCAGGAGGCUAGUAGGCGAAGUAACAACUGGUUACCACCUCCAUGGGCGAUAGUUGCAUUGGUUGUCUUAGGUUUCAACGAAUUCAUGACACUUUUGAGAAAUCCCUUGUACUUGGGCAUUAUUUUCGUUGCUUUUCUGCUCGUUAAAGCCCUAUGGGUGCAAUUAGACAUCUCCGGUGAAUUCCGCAAUGGAGCUCUUCCUGGAAUUCUCUCUCUGUCGACCAAAUUUCUUCCUACUGUCAUGAACCUUCUUAGAAAACUAGCAGAGGAAGGCCAAAAACAUGCAAACACCGGCUCUCAGCACAACGCUCCACAAGCAGCAAAGAGUUCCCAGAGCGUCGCAUCGUCUAGUGCUUCUUCAGAAGUGACCUCUUCCGAAAAUGGAGCCGAAUACUCGAGUCCUUCAGCACAUCACAAAUUGCAGUAAUCACUCAGUUCAUAAAGCAGUAACUCAAAGGAACAAAUCUUGAAAGCAUUCAUAUUUGUGUAGAUCUGAUAUACAAUGUGGGCCAUGGUUUGUGAUGAAAAAUGCCCCACUGAUAUAUAAUUUAUUUUAGAUUACAAUCCUCAUUAGGCGCGAUUGUAUGGUAAUGUGAACACUCCCAUUCGCACUUGUUUGUGAUUAUUUCUGCGCUUUUACUUUCAAUUUUGUAUCAUGAUAAGUGAAAUAACACUGUAUUUUGAGGACUACAGGAAUUUUACGUAUCAUUUUGUGUUCAUGUGAUAAAUUGACUGUAUUUUAUCAA